CCUUGUAUUUGUUGACAUUGCUUGGCUGCCAAACCUGAAUGUGUAAAAGCCAGCACAUACCUUCUCCACGCCCACACUGCGUCAGGGAGGCCGGGGAGGACCAGGAAAGGAGACAUUAUAGAAAAGGAGAUCAAGAAUUAAACGGAAGCAUCAACAAAAGCACACACAGAUACGCAGGAGAGGAAACAGAGAGCGAGGAAGAUCAAGGGGGUGGCCGAGGCAUCAUCUGACGGGAGGGAGCGAGGCGGGCGUCACUCAUACCCACACCAUGUCCUCCUCCGGCGUGAGAGUCAAGCUGGAGAGAGAGGAGUCCGGUGGUGAUGUUGAUGCAGCGCGUGGGAGGUUUGAUGCGGCUCUCCAGGGUCUGAUGCAGAAGGAUGAGGAGUCUGAUUCUGAGAAUGAAUCAGACACAGACAGCAAAGUGAAAGUAUUCACCAAGGUCGGUCUGGCAAACCCACGCGGUGCCCGACCACCACGCAAACGUCGGAGGAAAGAAAUAGACCUGCGGGACUCCGGCUUCCACCACACGUUUGUGAUGCGCAUGUUUGACCGCAGUGUUGACUUGGCACAGUUUGAUGAGACGUCACCGCUGUAUCCAAUCUGCCGGGCAUGGAUGAUAAACCAGCCCCACAACUCCAGCCUCAAUGUGAAACAGGAGCCAGGGAGUCCCACAGCAGAGACUUUCAACAGCACAGAAGGCAGUCAAGACGGCGACUUUGUUGGUGAGAUCCUGUCAGAUGUCACCUCCACCAAUGCUGGGAAUGGGAAUGUGGUGGCCAAGCUGCCGAUGCCUGACCCGUGGCCGGAGGACCCCUCAAACAGAGACUUGAGGAUCCCAGAGCCAUUGCCACAUUCGCUCAACAGACUCAAUGAAAUAAAUGAUUGUGAGAACACACUGCCGGGAUUGCUGAUGACAGAACACCUCAAACGCUGGAGACAGAUUCGAAACCUUUGGAGAAAUGCUUCCAAAAUUAAUGACCAGCGAUACAGCAGCUCCUACUCCAUCCUGAAGGCAAUGUUUGACAGGGCACAUGAAGGAUGAAGCCGAGCUGAAGCCUUGAGGUUGUAAGUAUAUCUUGUAGAUACAUUGUAUUUUUUUUGACAUACCAUACUGCCUGUUGUGUUGACAUGCCUUUUGAAGACAAUUUUUACUACAGGUUUGUCAAGUUAUCUUGUUAGUAUAUUUUUAUUGUUAGUUCCCCCUCCCCUCCCUGACCACCUCUUCCUCUCUCUCUUUCUCCUUCCAAAGAAUCAUCCUUUGCCAAACAAGUGAUGUGACAAAAAAGAUAAAAUGCUCAAAAAACCUUAAUAAUGAUUUAUAAACAAAGACAAGUGAAAGUUCUCACAGCCUAAAAAGAAAAGAGAAGAAGCACAUUCCGUCACUGACAUCCAUCCUCAUACUGAAUGUUGUUGCUUUUUAUGAUAUAGAAAAAAUCAUUCUCAUUAUAUUGGUAAAUUUUCUUUUGGAAUUCAUUACCUUUCUGCCUUCCUCUGUGUCACAAGGCCUGCCUCAUUCAAAACUAGCCACUUUGAAGAUACCUGGAUAUUUGGAAUUUCUAAUAUUUUGAAGUGUAGGUCAAUGGUAUGGUAUGUUUGAAGGGAGUGUGUGCAGCAAUGCCUAGCCAGGGUGUUCAGGUCUGUACCACUGCCUUGUGAGUACAUGACCAGAUACUGCUCACAUGUCACAGUGUGCUGCUGCUGUCGCUGCAUCACCCCAUUGUUGUGCUUUUCUUUGUUUCUUGAAAUGCAGUGGAUGUGUGUAUGUGGAUAUUAGAAAGCAGAGGACUGGGUAAGAGGUUACAGCUGUUAAUUCACUGUGUUGUUUGAGGUUUUGAAAUGAAGUAGAGUUGUUCCUUGAGAUUGUGUUGUCUGAGGUUUGGAAGUGGAGUAGUAAUGUUUCUUGAGGCUACAAGGAACAUUGUAUGAUUGCAUCUAGGCAUCUCUGAGGCUUGCUGUGUGCAGACCAUGGCACCCUUGGUAUAAAUUAACCUUAAGAGUUAGCUUUUGCAUUGGCAGUCUUUGUUUGGCUCAGACCUGUGUGACAGUAAUUUGUAAGUGACACCAGGCUGCCAUUAUGAAGAUACAUUACUUAUUUAACUUUCCUUUUUGUGUCAGUUAACGUUGUCUUGAGUCAGUACGAGUACCAACUGCAGCAUCUUGGUGUAGGAAUGUUCUACUUUGUGAACUCUCUUGAUUGUUCUCUCAAGAGUGAUCCAAUGGCCUUUGUAUUUCCAUGAUCAUGUAGUGUCUAACUACUAAUUCCAGACAUUUGUUAUGACGAAUUACAAGAAAGAAAAGUUGUAAUUUCUGAUACAAUAAAAGGAAAUAAUUCA